UCUCUCGCCUCAACUGCUUCCUGACGUCAGUUUGCAGCUCUGCCCCGUCUCCGUCAGCGUGUGUGAAACUCCCGGAGAACUGCGGGAAUCGAUGCGCUCGGCUCGGCCCGGUCCGGACCUGCUGGACUCUGUGAAAUGACCUGCCCUGUACAUCCAAAGUGGACUAAAACAUCCUCACGAUGAACACCUGCGCCUUUCUCUUGAUUUUGACUGUUCAGAUCUACGCCGAUGGCAUCGAGGGGCCAACAGCUGCUGGAUGCACUUUCGAAGAAGAUUCCGACCCCAGUCUGUGCGACUUCACCCAAGGGGAGGACGACGACUUUGACUGGCUCCUGUUCCGGACGUAUAACUCGCCGUACGCCACUUCGGACCUCCUCCGUGGUUCCUACAUGCUGGUGAACUCCUCGCAGCACGCCACCGGUCAGUGCGCCCAGCUGCUGCUUCAGUCGCUGAGUGAGAACGACACGCACUGCGUCCAGUUCAGCUACUUCCUGUACAGUCGGGAUGGUCACAGCCCAGGAGACCUGAAGGCGUAUGUUCGCGUCAACGGCGGCCCACUGGGAGACCCGGUGUGGAACACCUCGGGGAAUCACGGGAAGCAGUGGCAUCAGGUGGAGCUGGCGGUCAGCACCUUUUGGCCCAAUGAGUACCAGGUUCUGAUAGAAGCCACGGUUUCCAAGGAGCGGCAAGGAUACAUGGCUCUGGACGACAUCAUGGUGCUCAACUAUCCCUGCUAUAAGGCGCCGCACUUUUCCCGGCUCGGCGACGAGGAGGUCAACGCCGGACAAAACGCUUCUUUCCAGUGUGUCGCCACCGGGAAGGCGUCGGAGUCUGAGUCCUUCCUGCUGGAGCGACACAAUGGGGACAUUUUAACAGCGGCGUCGGUCAAGCACCUGAGUCACCGGCGCUUCGUGGUGUCCUUCCAGCUGGACAGCGUCCAGAGAGCAGACCAGGACCUCUACCGCUGUGUGACGCAGUCUCCUAGAGGGUCAGGGGUCUCCAACUUUGCUGAGCUCGUCGUCAAAGUUCCGCCGUCCCCCAUUGCGCCUCCACAGCUGCUCCGUGCUGGUUCCACUUACCUGAUCAUCCAGCUCAACACCAACUCCAUCCUCGGAGACGGACCCAUCAUCAGGAAAGAGAUUGAGUACCGCGCCAGCCAGUCGCCCUGGUCAGAGGUGCACGGAGUCAACAUGGUCACCUAUAAGCUCUGGCACCUGGAUCCAGACACGGAGUACCACAUCAGUGUGCUGCUGACCCGGCCGGGUGAAGGGGGCACUGGCCCUCCCGGACCUCCUCUGGUGAGCAGGACCAAGUGCGCAGAGCCCAUGCGUCCGCUGCGCGGCCUCACCGCCACAGACAUCCAGCCUCGACAGCUCUCCCUGCUGUGGGAGAAUUUGGCCUUCAACCUGACGCGCUGCCACACCUACUCAGUGUCCCUGUGCUACCGAUACACCACAGCAGGAGGCGGCGGCGGCCACAACACCACGGUCCGUGAAUGCCUGGCGGUGGAGCACAACACCUCCCGCUUCACUCUGCGCGAUCUGCCGCCCUACCACGGCAUCCAUGUCCGCCUGUCACUCGCCAACCCAGAGGGGAAGAAGGAGGGCAAGGAGGUCACAUUCCAGACCGACGAAGACAUUCCCGGAGGCAUUGCCCCGGAAUCGCUCACCUUCACCCCGCUGGAUGAUAUGAUCUUCCUCAAGUGGGAGGAGCCUCUGGAGCCCAACGGCCUGAUAACUCAAUAUGAGAUCAGUUACCAAAGCAUAGAAUCGUCAGAUCCAGGCAUCAACGUCCCAGGACCCAGACGAACCGUGUCCAAGCUGAAGAACGAGACGUACCACAUGUUCUCCAACCUCCACCCAGGAACCACCUACUUGAUCUCCGUACGAGCACGAACUGCCAAAGGGUUUGGACAGACGGCGCUGACCGAGAUCACCACCAACAUCUCAGCUCCUACUUUUGAUUACGGAGACAUUCCAUCCCCGUUAAGUGAGACAGAGAGCACCAUCACCGUCCUGCUGCGCCCGGCGCAAGGCAGAGGAGCGCCGGUCAGCACCUAUCAGGUGGUGGUGGAGGAGGAGAUGGUGAAGAAAGUGAAGCGGGAGCUGGGACAGGACUGCUUCCCUCUGCCCAUGUCCCACGGCGAGGCUCUGGCCCGCGGUACGCCACACUACUACACCGCUGAGCUGCCUCCCAGCAGCCUGCCGGAGGCCAGUCCCUUCACAGUGGGCGACAACAACACUUACAACGGAUACUGGAACAGCCCUUUGGACCCGCGGAAAAGCUACCUGGUCUUCUUCCAGGCGAUGAGCAACUUCAGAGGGGAGUCCAGAAUAAACUGCAUCCGCAUCGCCCGCAAAGCGGCCUGCAAAGACCACCGCAAGGCCUUGGAGGUGUCCCAGCACUCUGAGGACAUGGGGCUGAUUCUGGGGGUGUGCGCUGGGGUUCUGGUGGUGCUCAUCCUCCUGCUGGGGAUCAUCAUCAUCAUCAUCAAGAAAGGAAGGGACUACUACUCUUACUAUCCGAAACCGGUGAACAUGAACAAGACGCCCAUCACCUACCGGCAGGAGAAGAGCCACAUGGGCUCCAUGGAGCGCAGUUUCACCGACCAGAGCACCCUGCAGGAGGAUGAGAGGAUGGCGCUGUCCUUCAUGGACGCACACACCUGCGGCACACGAGGUGACGCCCGCAGCUCGGUGAACGAGGCCAGCAGUCUCCUGGGCGGCUCCCCGAGGCACCAGUGUGGGCGCAAGGGCUCCCCCUACCACACCGGACAGCUGCACCCCGCCGUUCGAGUCGCUGACCUGCUCCAGCACAUCAACCAGAUGAAGACGGCCGAGGGCUACGGCUUCAAGCAGGAGUACGAGAGCUUCUUUGACGGCUGGGACUGCACAAAGAAGAAGGACAAGACUAAAAGCAGACACGACACCUUGCUCGGAUAUGACCGGCACCGCGUGAAGCUCCAUCCUCUGCUGGGAGACCCCAACUCCGACUACAUUAAUGCAAACUACAUUGACAUUCGGAUUAACAGGGAAGGCUACCAUCGAUCCAACCACUUCAUUGCCACUCAGGGACCCAAGCAGGAGACGCUGUAUGACUUCUGGAGGAUGGUGUGGCAAGAGAACUGCUUCAGCAUCGUCAUGAUCACUAAGCUGGUGGAGGUUGGCAGGUCAGCAAAUGAGGACUCGUCUUUGAGGGUGAAAUGUUGUAAAUACUGGCCGGAGGACAGCGAGAUGUACGGCGACAUCAAGAUCACUCUGCUGAAGACGGAGACGCUGGCCGAGUACACGGUCCGCACCUUUGCCCUGGAGAGGAGAGGAUACUCCACCAAGCACGAGGUUCGGCAGUUUCACUUCACGUCCUGGCCCGAACACGGCGUGCCCUACCACGCCACCGGACUGCUGGCGUUCAUACGAAGAGUGAAGGCGUCGACGCCACCUGAUGCCGGGCCUGUGGUGGUGCACUGCAGUGUGGGAGCGGGCCGCACCGGCUGCUACAUCGUGCUGGAUGUCAUGUUGGACAUGGCGGAGUGUGAAGGCGUGGUGGACAUCUACAACUGUGUGAAAACCCUCUGCUCACGGCGAAUCAACAUGAUCCAGACGGAGGAGCAGUACAUCUUUAUUCAUGACGCCAUUUUGGAGGCCUGUCUGUGCGGGGAAACGGCCAUCUUGGUCAACGAGUUCGCCAUCACGUACCGCGAGAUGCUGCGAGUGGAUUCUCAGAGUAAUUCGUCUCAGCUCCGAGAAGAAUUCCAGACCUUAAACUCGGUGACGCCGCACGUGGACGUGGAGGAGUGCAGCAUCGCCCUGCUGCCCAGGAACAGAGAGAAGAACCGCAGCAUGGACGUCCUGCCGCCGGACCGCGCCCUGGCCUUCCUGGUCACCACCGAAGGAGAGAGCAACAACUACAUCAACGCCGCCCUCGCCGACAGCUUCCACCGCCAAGCCGCCUUCAUCGUGACCCCUCACCCUCUGCCGGGCACCACGGCCGACUUCUGGAGGCUGGUCUUCGACUACGGCUGCACCGCCGUGGUCAUGCUCAACCAGCUCAACCAGUCCAACUCCGCCUGGCCGUGUGUCCAGUACUGGCCCGAGCCCGGCCUGCAGCAGUACGGGCCCAUGGAAGUGGAGUUCCUGUCCAUGUCAGCAGACGAAGAUGUCAUCACUCGUCUGUUCCGGGUCAAGAAUGUCACAAGGCUCCAGGAGGGCGAGCUGGUGGUCUGUCAGUUCCAGUUCCUGCGGUGGUCUGCGUAUCGCGACGUCCCCGACUCCAAGAAGGCGUUUCUCAACCUGCUGGCUCAAGUGCACAAGUGGCAACGGGAGUGUGGAGAAGGACGCACCGUGGUCCACUGCCUCAACGGCGGCGGCCGCAGCGGGACCUUUUGUGCCUGCAACAUCCUGCUGGAGAUGAUCCAGUACCAGAACAUGGUGGACAUCUUCUACGCUGUGAAAACCCUCCGUAACUGCAAACCUAACAUGGUGGAGUCCCUGGACCAGUAUCGAUUCUGUUAUGACCUCGUCCUGGAGUACUUGGACUGCUUCGAGGGCAGAUAGCAACUAAACGUGGAGUGCGGCGGAAACGCCUCCACCGUCCAGGAGCUGACUCCCAGCACCUUACCCACCGGACUAUUGAGGGGCCGAGGGAAGAGAAGAAGAAACCUAGACUUUAACCUUUAAUGUACAGCCGUGGUCUCUUGUCGGUGGUGUUUAUCUCUUUUGAUAUUUUUGUGCUUCUUCUUCUGGUCUCUGCUUGUGGACCGGAGCUUCUUGUGCUGCUUCGUCUUGUAGCCACAGAAAAAGACCAUUUUCAGUGGGACCUGUUUGGAUGCCGAGGUCACCUUGGCUGCGGUGUUUCUUGACGGCAGCAGGGUCACAGAGGGAAGAGCAGUAUUACGUACCUGUGGGAAAGCGUCCUCCUGAUUGGUCCUUACCAAACCAUGAACUGCCUUACUCUCUGCAGGCGCCAGAGAUCACUGCUCCAGUGUUGAUGUUCUUCUUUGCCAUAAUACUUGUGUUGGACGACCAUUUGUGCUCAAGGUGGACAUGUUCGGGGACCGUGUGCCACCACAGGACUGUCCCUGUCACAUGACUGUCCCGGUGCCAACCCCACGGACUGACUUGAACCCUCUUACAUCCUGAUGUCUGCCUGUCAUCUCGCGGACCGGGUCACCUGUGAGUGAGUGUGUUGAGAUCGGCGCAGGUGACCUGGCUCAUGAAAACAAGACUUGAAUCUGGGAUUUGAGAAAGUCAGUGAUCCGUCUGGCUUCGUCCACACGAGUGGGGUGAACGACUGAAAUGAAGUGGCCCAGCUUCCCUGAGUCCUGGUUCUCAUGUCCAGGUCGGAGGUGAGAGACAGUGCAGCGUCUUCAGUUCGGAAGACUCUGUAUCUGUGGUGAAGAAAGAGCUGAGCCAGGAGACAAAGCUCUCUUCUGACCGGUUGAUUCCUCCUCCCACCUCUGGACAUGAGUUUACCAUCCCGGCCAAAACACGUGACUUUUCUCCAACGAUACUUGGGAGAGACUCAAAGUAGAGCCCUUUACCUGGGAGGAUUCCCAGGGGCAACCCCAGGUCUUUGUCUGGUCGACCUGCCCUGACACAACACGGACGCUUUCUGAACUUCAGACCCAGUAUUGGAGCCAUUUGAUGAAAAAACGUCCUGUCAUUUCAAGUGUUCCAAGUGGAAUCAUAUUUCGAGGCCUUUUAGCUACAGCUUUUAAUUUGUCCAUCAGGAAACCCGGGCCUUUUGAGCUCAUUACAUCACGAGCAAUGCUAGCCGUUAGCAUCUGAAGGUACUUGGCAACAGAUGCAGCCAUGUUUACUGUACACCGUAUCGUUCGAGCCAACAUGGGUGACAAGCCUACAUCAUGAACUUGAGUGUGUUAGCAUCAACAGUUAGCAUUAGCAUCUGAGGUUUUCACUGGGUGGUUUGACCAAACCAGAGCGAACAGAAGUGUUUCAACUGACUUGCCUUUAAAGGGCUCUUGUGCUACCAAUGCCAUCGUGCACUGCGACAACUGAAGCUCAUAAAAGACCAAGGUUCAAGCUUUUUUGACUUUUUGUGUGAUAGCGCCACCUAGAAACUUUAUAUCUGAUCAGUAAAGCUUUACUUUUACGUUUCCAUCAAAGGUUCAGUUGUGUGUAUCGACCCGCGAGCUCGGCAGAAGAAGCCGUGGUAGAUUCCCAAACCGACUUUUGUGAGUGCAGGAUGAUGAACAGCGGAGGGAAGGGAAAGUGCCUGGACACUUGGCGGGUGGCAGAAGGUGUAUAUAGCGGUGUACAUUCUGACAUGUGAAUACUCUGUGAAUAUUACUCUCUGUGUUUGCCCUGAGUGACGCCGUAACUUACCCACACAGCUGAAUGUGAUGUACAUGACCGUUUUCUUGCUAACAAGAGUGUGAAGUGAAUAUUCAAGCUUCCGCCCAUCGUCUGCUCUGCGUUCCAUUCCCAGCGGUUGGGCCGCGGCGCCGCGUGACAGCUAGCCGUCGUUCGCCGAUGGACUACUGUGAUUUUGACCAUUGUGUUUGUGGGGCAAAGUGUGUAUUUAAUGAAGGAGGCGGGUGUAUUUGGGGCUGUUCUGGAUGAUCAACAAUAAAAAGGGGGCA